CGCUAGCCGGUCCGACGCCUCCCCGAGCCCCGCCGGGCUGCUGAGGGCCGGACCCCGCCAUGCUGUCCGCCCGAGAGGCCGAGAUGGCGGCGGCGGCUCCCGCCGCCCUCUACACCUACUGCAACCCGCCCCGAGCUCUGCCCGCCCGCCCGAAGUACCGACCGCCGCCGGAUCCUGCCCAGCCAGAGAAGGAACUCGUUCGCUAUGCCAACCUCAUGUACGACAGGAGAGUGGUGCGCGGCAACACUUACGCCCUGCAAGCCAUACCUGUGAGUCCCCAGCCAGAUCCCCUUGAGAUUCAAAGGCAGAGGGAAGCACGGAAAAGAGCGCUGGCAAGAAAGCGUGUGAAAGAGCAAGCGCGACUAACAACGCCUGAGCCCGUGGAAGGCAGAGAGCACAUUUAUGUGCAGACAGAGCUGUACUUGGAGGAGAUCAGUGACCGCAUCAUAGAGGUUGAUGCAGAGUGUCAAACUGAUGCAUUUUUGGACAGGCCUCCCACUCCUUUCUUCAUACCAGCCAAAACAGGAAAAGAUGUGGCCACACAAAUAGAAGAAGGAGAGUUGUUUGACUUUGACAUUGAAGUCAAGCCAAUCCUGGAAGUGUUGAUUGGCAAAACAGUUGAGCAAGCUUUGCUGGAAGUCAUGGAGGAAGAGGAGCUGGCCCAGUUGUGGGCACGUCAGCGCGCCUACGCAGAGCUGCGUGAUGCCGAGCUUGCUGAAGUACGGCGUCUGGAAGAGCAGGACAGGCGAUACAGAGAGGAGAAGGAACGUCGCAGACUUCAGCACAUGCAAAUGCUGCAGAAACAGAAAGAAACCACAGAGAAAAUAGCAGCUCAUGCAUUUGCUCAGCAUUACUUGGCUGAUCUCAUCCCCUCAGUCUUCAACAACCUUCGUGAGAGUGGCUUUUUUUAUGACCCUAUAGAAAGAGAUAUUGAGACAGAAUUCCUUCCGUGGUUGAUGACAGAAGUGGAAGAAACACUAGAGAGGAAGGUUCUGGGGAGGACAGUGCUUGAUUCUUUGAUUCGUACAGUGGUUGAAAAACGCUUAGAUGCAUUUAGCCAUAAACCUCAGUCUGAUCAGACAGUGGCACCUGCUGAAGACUCCAGGCCAGCUGAUGCACUGCAGGAAGCUAGUGAGACAGACACUGCUGACCAACCACUUGCAGAGAAAGAAGAGACUGACCAAGCUGUUGCUGAAGAAGAGCCUUCAAAUCACAUCCCUUUCCAGUCAGAAAAAUCAGAUCAAACAGGAACAGAGGAUCUGGAAACUGAGUAACAAGCAGGAGACUUAGCAUCACCUAGAGGACUGUUGUGAUGGACUCCUGAAAAGAAUCAAACAAAUGCUGACUUGAAUAUUUGGGGUUCGGAAUGUUACAAGAGGAAGGUGAUCACCUGGAAUCUUUUCAUUUUUGUCACUCCUGAUUUGUGUUUGAUUGAUAGAAAAAAAUUACUUGAAGUGUGGGCAUUUAUUAUGUAUUCUUAAAUUAUUUUAAAAGAAUUACUUCUA